GGUUUUCAUUCUCUCGCUACGGUCUCCGCAUUGCGGUUCCUCGCCUCUUCCUCUGCGAACCGUGAUCACUUCCAUUCCGUUUCACACUCUCUCGUCUCCGUUCUUCGAUUUAGGGUUCAUAAUUCUUCUUCCGAUUUUAAACCGAGUGAAUUACAGAAAAUGUACGCUGAUCUCGUGGAGAAUGGAGGGCGGAGGUCCGUGAAGGAGCGCAUUAAUGGGAAUGGUACUAGUGGUCUUACUCGGCUGCAGUAA